AGCUGGAAGAGGAAACCCAGAAUAUUUCACUGAUUACAGUGAACCAAAGUUCAUCUGGUCUGCAGAUCCUCAUCCAGCAGCGUCUCUCUCAGUGAGUCCUGACAGAGAGCAACACUUCACCUCUGAGUCUGUGACUCUGAACUGUGGAGGAAACUCUACUGAGUGGAGAGUGAAGGAGUUUAGAGAAAUAAACCAGAAGUUAUCAGAUUGUUCCAAYUGGGGGAAAAUGUCUGAGUCUUCAUGUACCAUUAACAGUGACUGGCCCUUUAAAUCAGUGUUCUGGUGUGAGUCUGGAUCAGGAGAGUUCAGCAGUUCAGUCAACAUCAGUAUAAAUGAUGAAGAUCUUCUCCUGGUGAGCCCCGUCCAUCCUGUGACUGAAGGAGCUUCUGUUACUCUGAGCUGCAGACGGAGACGAGAAAACAAACUUUCUGAUGUGAUUUUCUAUCAUAAUGACAAACUGAUCCAAAAUGACAGCAGAGGAGAGCUGAAGAUCUCUGCAGUGUCUCAGUCACAUGAAGGUUUCUACAAGUGUGAAGAUUCAGGAAAGGUUUCACCUCAGAGCUGGAUGGGAGUUAAAGCAGCUGCUCCCAGACCUGAAAACGCAUCACUUCCUGUCCUGUUGCUCAUUGGAUCAGUGAGUGGAGUCAGUCUGAUUAUUAUCCUGCUGUGUUGCUUCAAACAGUCAAAGGGUCGUUGCUGUUUCAGGUUGGUUCAUCUUCAUCUUGUUCUCGUCUCAAACAGAAUCAGUCGGUUCUGUACAGUAAUAGUACAGUAA